AUGGGUGGAUCCGUCAGCCUCACUGGCCAGCCAGCCUAUGCUGCUCGGAGAUUUCCAGGGGACUCCUUUUCACAGUUCAGGUUUGCUGAGGAGAAAGAAUGGGAUGGUGAAACUUCAUGUCCAAAACAGAAUUCAGCGCUCUACGUGGACAGUGAGUCACUGGUUCGAGCCCUUCAACAGCUGCCUCUUGCAGUCCGGCUUAAUGUUGCUUCAGAGUUAAUCCAGACCACAGUUCCUUUAGAACUUCCACAGGUGAAACCAAGGAGAAACGAUGAUGGCAAGGAGCUGGGCAUGCAGUUAAGGGGGCCCAUCUCCGAGCUCAGAUCUGCUGCUGGUGGUUGUCCCAGGUCUCUGGGCAGAGACAGUUUAAGACAAAGCCCUUUAGAGGGUUUACAGAAAGCAUCUUCCCCACCACAAUCAGUGGCAGACCAUCUGGAAGAAGAACUAGAUAUGUUGCUGCAUUUAGAUGCCCCUGUGAAAGAGGAAGACAGUGUCUCUUCAGAGCAGACAUCUCAGGACCAGGAACCAGAAAGAGAUGGGCAGGUAGUCCAGGAGAAAACAGUUCCUGAAAAGUCACCUGUGACCAGAGAGAAAAAUGUGGAACCUGAGCAGCCGAGCACAUCGAAAAAUGUCACUGAGGAAGAGCUGGAAGACUGGCUGGACAGCAUGAUUUCCUGAAAGGGGAUCAAGGGGGAAGAGUGCCUGUGGCAAAUGUUGGUUGCCUUCUAAGUGAGGAUGGGCUACUUUGCCAGAUACCUCGUGCUAACAUGUACUGUUAUGCUUACAGCAGCCAACACCUACCUGUGUUUGAUGGCAUCUGAAUACAUGUAUGAGGCUUGUUUAGGGGCUUCAUUCUGUUGUUAUCUGGCUUAGUCGUCUAAUAGAUUUCAUUAUGUACAGGGGAUGUCACAGCUACAUUUUGAACCUCUUUCCUGUCAAUGUUUACAGUGUAACAGGUGGUGUUUAAGGAAAUAUACUCAAUCACAAGGCAUGCAGUUGGUCAAAAUAAACACCCUCUGGUUUCUGGA